UUCUGCUCACUUUCGAUUGUGCUUUGUGUAUAACUGGCCCACUUCAAUCCACUUAUGAUCUGACACUGAGAACAUUCCUCUUUGCUUUGCUUUGCUUUGUCAUGUCUGUUGAAACUCGACGCUGAGCCGUAUUUAUAGCAGGAGAACAUUAGCUUGAAGUUGAUUAACUUGAACAGGCUUCCAGUGAUUUGAUCCAAACCUGAGGGUUUUCUGAACGCUGCUUCAGUGGAAGAGAAGCAACUUAAGACUGCGGAGUAAGGCACCCCAGCACCAUUUGCUGAGUUCAGUUUUGCCUGAAAGUAGCUGCCUCUUCUGCCGCACUCCAACAUGACAUCCAUGACAUCCACCUGUGUGAAGAUGAUUCACUCCCUCUACAAGCAGGGAGCAGAGGGAAGCCCUUGUAAUCCUGUGAAAUUCAAAGGUCAAGACUUUAAGCAGCUCAAGGAGACUCUGCUUCGAGAGGGGAAAAAGUUCGAGGAUGAAACUUUCCCAGCAAACAUCGGCUCUCUGGGAAAAAUUGAGGACUUCACAGCUGAGGAGCUGAAAGAAGUGAAGUGGUGUCGACCACAUGAGCUUAACCCCAACCCUUCAUUCGUUGUGGAUGUAGUUUCAAGGUUUGAUUUUAAGCAAGGAAGUGUUGGCAACUGCUGGUUUCUUUCAUCCAUCGGAGCGCUGACUAAACGCAGAUCCUUGAUGGUACAAGUGGUGCUUCCAGAUCAAAGCUUCAAGGAUAAUUAUGCGGGGAUAUUUCACUUCAGGUUUUGGAGAUUUGGAAAAUGGGUGGAAGUUGUCAUCGAUGACUUGUUGCCAACUCUCCACGAGCAGCUUGUGUCAGUUUACUCCAGGUCUGGAGCAGAGUUCUGGGCUCCUCUACUGGAGAAAGCAUAUGCCAAGGUUUGUGGAUCUUAUGGAGACAUGAUCGCUGGUCUCCCACCUGAAGCCUUGAAGGACUUCAGUGGAGGUGUCCAUAUGAACUACAAUCUGUCCAAACCCCCGUCUGACCUGUGGGAUGUCAUGAUCAGGGCCACGCAGUGCGAAACGAUGAUGGGAUGUGCAACUUUUGAUGGGGAGAAAGGAGAAGAGUACAGUAAAAAGUUUGGUCUGGUAGCAGGUCACGCCUUCGCUGUAACAGGAGUCAAGCAGGUCGAGAGUCAAGGGAAAAAGGUGAAUCUGGUGAGGAUCUGGAACCCGUGGGGUGAGAAAGAAUGGACUGGAGGUUGGAGUGACCAGUCAACACUGUGGAGUACUGUGAGCAAGGAGGUCCGGGAGGAGUGUUUGAAAGUGCGCGAUGAUGGAGAAUUCUGGAUGACGUUGGAAGACUUUUGUACCUAUUUCGAAGGACUGGACAUCUGCUGCGACAGCCCCAACUUUGUUGAUGACGAUGCCGUUUGCCAGUGGAACUGUUCACUGAAAGAAGGCCGCUGGGAAUCUGGAAAAUCAGCUGGAGGUGGCGAUUAUGAGACAGAGGGUUUCUGGACAAAUCCACAGUACCGUCUCACAGUGAAAAACAUCAAAGGAGGCAACAACAUCUUACUGUCUCUGCUGCAGAAACCAGAUGAAGAAUAUCGCAGCAAAGUUACAUAUUACUACAUCGGGUUCACCAUCUACAAGGUGCCAUCAGGGACACCCAAAGGACGACUUUCACCAUCAGACGUACAGGAUGCACCACCUCCAAAAGCCAGUGUCUUUGAGGAGACAAGAGAAAAGAUUGAGAUGCACAGUUUGGAGGCGGGAGAGUACUUGAUCAUUCCCAGCACGUGUGAUCCCGGCAAGACAGCAAGCUUCAUCAUUACCAUCUACUCCAAAGCAGAGACCGAGAUUGAGUGAAGAAAUCUGAGUGUCAAUAGAAGGAGGACAGCAGAUUUAAAAAAAAAAAAAAAAAAAAAAAAAAAAUCAAAGUUCUACAACAAUCUGCAAGUAAUGACCAAUAAAAGUCAUUUAUGAAUCUUGA